AAAGAACUUUAAAAAUGUGCAAGAAGUCUUCAUCUUGUAACUGGUGUACCUUCUUGCGAACACAAUUGAUGCGUACAGAGAUGUUUUUAAUAACCUAGCGUAUAUCAGCGAGUUGGAAAAGUUUUUUUUUUUUCUGAAACAUGCAAAAGUCCCAGCUUUAGUGGAAGCAGAUGUUUGGAUCUGGUUGCAGUUCUGUCUUGUCAUUGCUCUCCUGGUACGCCGUCAUCUGGCAGAACCUACUACGGCUGUGAGAAAAUCUGAACACUUUAAGAAGAACAUGACUUCUACUGAAUUUCAUGGGGAUAUAACGGUCACACCAUGAGAAGGGUCUAUAUAAAGGGAGAUAUACUUUGCUCCCUAAUUCUGCUGGUGCUGCUAUUUCUGCUGUUAUAUGCCCAUCAAAGUAUGACACCCGUAUGGGGGACAUUGCACAUUCAACAUGGAUCCACCAGCUCAAGAACCCUCCUCAGUGGAGCACCAAAGGGACUGGAAACAACGUCGUUCCCUUCAAAAUCUCCAGACAAACCUCCUUGUAAGCCUGAGGUUCACAGCAAGCCUAAAGCACAAAGACCAUCAAAGGUCAAAUCUCAGAAAGCAAAGUCUAAAAUUCUCCAACCCUCAACGACAGCAAGUCUGCUACCAACACAUGCUUCCUUUGACUUUCACGAUUACCUUCGAAAAAAAGACCAACGGGACUUCAAGCUGCUAAUCGAUCAGCCUACAAAGUGCUCUGGACCAGAAGGAGCGCCCUACAUGCUGAUCGCCAUAAAAUCAGUAGCAACGGACUUCGACAAACGUCAAGUCGUUCGACGCACAUGGGGACGAGAAGGUGUUUUCCCGAAAGAUGUGAACGUGAGGAGAGUUUUUCUUCUCGGUGUACCCCAAAAUCAAACAGUGCUUCCAUUAUGGGACAAACUUUUGGGAUAUGAGAGCCACACUUUUCAUGACAUCCUCCUGUGGGACUUUGAAGACACAUUCUUUAACUUGACACUAAAAGAAAUCCACUUCCUACAGUGGAUCAAUGUCAGCUGUCCCAAAGCAAAGUUUAUUUUUAAGGGUGACGCAGAUGUAUACGUAAACAUCGACAAUAUCCUGGAGAUGCUCGAGGGUCAAGAGAUCGAUAAGGAUCUUUUUGUCGGCGACAUCAUUGUCCGCGCAAGACCAAUUCGCAGGCGCAACAGUAAGUACUUCAUCCCCGAGUUUAUUUACGGCCAGGGGAUCUACCCGUCCUAUGCUGGCGGAGGUGGCUUUGUCAUGUCGGGACAUACCGCAUUGAAGCUCCACCUCGCCUGCAAAGAGGUGGAACUCUUCCCCAUUGAUGAUGUCUUUCUGGGCAUGUGUCUGCUGAGGAUCGACCUUCAGCCGACUCGACACGAAGGCUUCCGCACCUUUGGAAUUGUGAGACCGUCCGCUGCCCCUCACCUCCAGGUCUUUGACCCCUGCUUCUACAGAGAGCUGAUGGUGGUGCACAGCUUGACCGUCCCACAGAUCUGGCUCAUGUGGAACCUUCUGCAUGACCCUAACCUUCAGUGUCACAGCAGUCAGGAUCCUACGGGUUUGCCCUUUCAAUGGAGUGACGAGAUGACUGCUAAGAACAAGGCAAAGGAGAAGCUUAGGAACAACGACUAUGGGUUAAAAGUGUUUGUGGAGCACUAACUCCUAAAAUGACUGUGAAACUAAAACAUGAAACGGAUAGGGAAUACGUGACCCUGGACUACAAAACCAGUCAAAUAGACACAUUUUCUGAAAUUAAGAUUUAUACAUAAUCUGAAAUCUGAAUAAAUAAGAUUUCCAAUUUCAAUUUAAUGAUAUGCUAAAGCCCGCCCACAUGUUGACACGUAGUUUGUAAAGUAUGUGUCUUUUUUCCACUGCCGAAAAUACUCAGCAAUGGUGUUGACAUGAAUUUGCACAUGGUUUGUCUUAAAGCAUAUUAAAAACGCCACAUAGACCUAUAAACAACAUUCAAACAUUUAUUUUCACCACAGGGGUCUUUAACUAAAUUAAAAUGAGGGAAUGAAUCAGUACAUCAUGGGCAUGAUUCACCUAAAAUGAUGAACUCAAUUAAGUUGUGGGAAUGAAUUCUUAAUUCGUGGCCUUGAUAUCUGUUUUUAUAUCUCCAUUUAUAUGACUUCCUUUGAUUGUUUUUUUGAACAUGCUGCUCUUUUCCAAUAAGAAAACAUACAAUGACCAUCAAAUAUCUGUCCUGCUCCAAAGUACAACUCAUAAAGCUAUAUUCCAAAUGCUCUGAAGCCAUUUGAUAGCUUUGUGUGAGAAAUUUAAGUCAUUAUUCACUGAAAAUCACCUGUAGUGAUCUGCAUUGACAUAUCUGAACAUUUCAAGGUUGCAACAAGAUGACUAAAUUGUUAUUUUUGACUGUUGAUUGCUCAAAUAUAAAAUCUAAGAAAAAAGGUCCACAAAACCAUCUGUAUUCAGCUCAAACUAUUCUCUAUUUUUUUUUUGGAAAUUACUGUAGAGUUUGUCUAUAUUAUAAAGAUGUUGUACAGGAAGUGUAAGGGAAUCGCAAAAAAAUGGACACUAAUGGUAUGCUUUGAAAAGUAAGUUACUGAGUUAUGUAAUAUAGAACAGAAUAUUAAAGGAGAAGUUAACUUUUAAGAAAACUU